GCAGUGAGCAUUUAAAGCUCCGUGCUCAACAACAUCCCAUCUUUUACAGCGAAACAGAAGUUACACAUCACUGACUUUAUACCAGAGCAUCAAGAGCAAAACCCAUCCUCACAUUUACAGAACUACAGAGCUGAGGAAACAGCUGAAUGAUGAGUGCUGCUCGAACACUGGUGUCCAGACUGGAGGCUCUACAGUGCCACUUCACCUGGGAUCUUGACCUCAGAAGGUCCUUACUUUUACGUUGUAGGGACAACUUGAUAGACAUUGGUACUGAUAAUGGAAACAAAUGGCUGGGUCACAUCUACAACCUGCGAGGGUUCAUUCAGUACAAGCUGGGAUCCAAUGAAGACGCCCAAAGUUUCUUCAACAAGGCUACAGAGGCCUUCAGCCAGAUAAAAAACACAGAUGAGGGCCCCUGGUUGGUGGUGAACUACGGGAACCUGGCUUGGCUGCACCACCACCUGGGAGACCAAGCAGAGAGCGAGGCUUACCUGUCAAAGGUCGACGCCCUGAAUAAAAAAUACCCAUCUCCAUCCCAGGAGGAGCUCCACCCAGAGAUCUACGCUGAAAAAGCCUAUACGCUGAUGACGUUUAACGGUGACAUGAACCUGGUUGCAGAUUACUUCCAGAGAGCCAUCGAGAUGCAGCCGGACAUGGUGGAAUGGAACAGCUGGCAUGUCAUAGCGUUAACGUAUGUUUCUAAUUACAGCCUGGAAGAUGACAUCUUUCAGAAAAUGAGAAUUGCCCAAGAACAGGAUCCAGAGAACUUGUACCUUGCUGCUCACUAUCUUUGUCAACGUGCUAAGAGAGGAGAAAGAGUUAAAGAUGAAGCACGUCAGUUAGCCACAAUUGUUUUGAGAAGUCCUGUCGGCAGCUACAGUGGUUUAAAACCAUUGCUAUGGGUUUACAGACAACGUUAUGAUGAGGCCAUUGAUUUGGCAGAGGAGGCUCUGACGAACCAUCCAGAUGAGCGUUAUCUGAAGAGACGUGCUGCUCUCUGCUACCAAAAGAAGCUCCUUUGCAGUAACAGUCCCCUAACAAAAAGCAUGAUAGCCAGAGCAGUCAGUCUCCAUCAGGAGGUGAUUGCUCUUUACCCUGAUUCCUCACUUAUGAGGAAAAUACACCUUGCCGCGAUAUACGCACGCACGUCACAUGAUGGUCAGGCUAAAGCUGAGCAGAUAUAUCAGGAACUGCUAAAAAGUGAUCUGGAACCUGCAGGCCAACAGGUGCUUUUCAACAGCUACGCAAAAUAUUUACAUUUCCAAAAACAGGAUCGCAAAAUGUCAAUACGAUAUCACAUGGAGGCAGCAAAGAUACAGCACCAAUCCUUCUUUCGUAAGGACAGCAUCAAAGUUCUGGAGAUCAUUAGAGACAAAGGCUGGCACAGAAUGUGUGGAGAAAUAAGGGAGUGUCUGGCAAACCUGCAAGAGCCAUAGUGUUCUUAACAGCACAGGGAGAACAAUCAGAAAAAAACAUAGGUAUUGCACUGCCUAAAAAUAAUCUAUACUUAUUGAUUGAGCUGUGUACUUUAAAGGCAGUUUUAACAAGUGUCUGCACAUAAGUAGUAGACAGAGGCUGUUUAAAGAUAUAUCUAAAAGCUUAUACUUAUGCACUGAAAAACUGUCAGCAGUAGGACACUCGAUUUAGGAAACAAGCCAAAUCGUUUAUAACACUGGUUGUUGACAUGUUGUUUUCAUUAAUUAUGUGUAUGUUUUCCAUGUGCACUGUUCCUUCUAGCAAAAUACUCUAUGACCUAUGAAAUGUGCUUUGCCGUAAGCUUUUAUUUGUGUAAUAUAAAAAUGUGUGAUUGGUAUUUCAAUAUAUUAUGGAUGUAUAAUCUCAACAGUAUUGCAUGAUGCAACUGAUUGUAUGUCAAGAGUGCCUCUACACUGUAAAAAACAAUAAAGAUGCAUUAUGUAA